AUGGGAGAUUCCAACUUGAUUAUUAGACAAGCUCGAGGUGAAUGGGAAACUCGGGAUAUCAAGAUUAUUCCAUACAUGCAACAUGUGGAAGAACUUAGCAAGCGGUUAAAAUCUGUCGAGUUCAGGUACAUUCCUCGGUUUCACAAUGAGUUAGUCGAUGCACUAGCUACUUUGGCCUUGAUGCUUCUAUUUCCAAGCAAUGUCCACAUUGACGCACUAGAAAUCCAAAUUCGAGAAAGACAUGGUUAUUGCAAUGUAGUUGAGAUAGAACCAGAUGUUCAGCUAUGGUAUCAUGAUAUCAAAUGA